CAGAUUUUCAUUAUUUUAAUCUGAGGUGGCCCGCUUAUAGCGAGUUAAUGACCAAUAGCAAACUUGUUAAUCAGCGAAAAACAAAAUAGCCUAUUUAUUUAAGCAACUUAGAAGAGAAUCAAUCAAGAGCCCCAAAAAAAAAAAAAAAAAAAAAAAAAAAAAAAUCCUUGUCCAUGGCACCCACACUUGGUAAACUGAUAUCCAAGAAACACCCCACACCACCAAUCCAGUCCCUUUUGGUAGUCGUCCUCAUCAUCAUCGACGUUCUACUAAUGUUUUGUUCUUCUUCUUCUACUGCGACAAAUCUGUAUAUUUCUUCUAAAACAUCUCGAGGGACAUCAGGACGAGAAGAACGAGUGGAAGUAGAAGCGAAAGCUCUUCUCAAAUGGAAGGAAAGCCUUGAUAAUCAAACUCAUGUUUCUGAUAUUCUCUCCUCAUGGAAGUUUUUUCCAAGCAGUUCCAAUAUCACAAGAAAAGGCAAUAUUAGCCUCUGCCAAUGGUUUGGAAUCACAUGUAAUGAGUUUGGAAGUGUUCUUUACAUAAACCUUGAAAGUCAUAAUCUGAAAGGUACGCUCCAAAACUUCAAUUUCUCAUCCUUUCCCUACAUAGAGAGCUUUACUCUGUAUAACAAUUCACUGUAUGGGACUAUACCUCCGCAAAUCAGUAAUAUUUCUAGACUUGUUUACCUUGACUUAAGUAGCAAUCAACUCUCUGGAAAUAUUCCUGUUGAAAUAUUCCUUCUGCAAAAUUUAAGUGUACUUUAUUUGGAUGGGAAUAACUUAAAUGGUUCUAUACCACAUGAAGUAGGUAUGUUGAGGUCAAUUGAGGAGAUUUUCUUUAGAAAUAACUCUCUUUCAGGUCCAAUCCCAACAUCCCUUGGAAAUAUUACCAGCAAUUUAACCUAUAUCGAUCUUAGUAGAAACAAAUUCUCUGGAUCCAUCCCUCAAGAGAUAGGAAAACUUAAAAAUCUUAACCAGCUUUACAUGGAAAGAAACAAUCUUACUGGCUCAAUUCCUAUGUCCAUUGGAAACCUCACCAACCUAAUUCUUAUAAACCUUGCCUUCAACAAAAUUUCAGGAUCCAUCCCUCACGAGAUAGGUUUCCUUGAAUCUAUCCAAGAGCUUUAUUUGUACGGAAACCAUCUCACUGGAUCAAUUCCUGCCUCUAUUGGAAAACUCAAAUCCUUAGUCGCCUUGCUUUUGUUCGACAAUAACCUCACUGGUACCAUUCCUCUCGAAAUGAACAACCUCAUACACUUCGAUUCAUUGCAACUAGAUAACAACUUCUUGCAUGGGUCACUACCAGACAAUAUUUGUCUUGGUGGAAAGUUGAGAUGGUUUUCAGCAGCUUAUAACCAAUUUGAAGGUCAGCUUCCAAAAAGCAUGAGAAAUUGUACUUCUCUACAAUCGGUUUACCUAGAUGGAAACCGUUUAGCAGGAAACAUAUCAGAAGACCUUGGGAUAUACCCAAAUUUAAAGUUCAUGAAAUUAAGCAGAAACAAUUUUUUUGGUGAGCUUAGUGGAAAUUGGGGAGAAUGUCGAAAUCUUACUGCUUUGAGCAUAUCCGAUAAUAGAAUUUCUGGUAGAUUAAUUCCUGAACUUGGAAAUGCUGCUCAAUUACGUAAGCUUGACCUCUCCUCCAAUCUUCUUGCUGGGAAAAUUCCAAAGGAAUUAGGACGUCUAAAAUUUUUAUUCUUCCUCAAUCUAAGUAAUAACAUAAUUUUCGGCAAAAUUCCAAUGGAAAUUGGAAUGUUAUCUGAGCUUCAGCAGCUUGACCUUGGAGCAAACAAGUUGAGUGGACUGAUUCCCAUGCAACUGGGACAAUGUUCAAAACUACAACUUUUGAACUUGAAAAACAACAGCUUUAGUGGGACAGUUCCCUUCCAGAUUGGGAAAUUGCAAUCUCUUCGAGAUCUUGAUCUAAGUAUGAAUUUACUUAUAGGAGAGUUGCCCAUGGAGUUUAGAAAUUUGCGCAUGUUGGAAACAUUAAAUCUUUCUCACAAUAAUCUCUCUGGAAAAAUACCUUCGGUGCUUGACGAUAUGAUAAGCUUGACAUUUGUUGAUGUAUCUUACAAUCAGUUAGAAGGUCCUCUCCCCAAUCUCAAAGCCUUCAUUGAAGCACCAGAACUAGCAUUGGAAAACAACAAAGGCUUGUGUGGCAACAAUACUAGUUUGAAACCUUGCUCCACAAGUAAAGAAAAUAGCAAUAAAGUUGUACUUUCACUCAUAGUAUCUGUUUCUGGUACGCUUUUUCUAUUGUUCGCCAUUUUUGGAGUUCUCUUUAUUCGCCAAAAGAUUAAAAAGAACAAGUUUGUACCAAGAGAAACACAAGUUUUCCAAACUUUCUUUGCAGCGUGGAGGCAUGAUGGGAAAAAGGUUUACGAAGAAAUAGUUGAAGCCACUGAAAAUUUUGACUCCAAAUAUUGCAUUGGAGUUGGAGGAAAUGGGAGUGUUUAUAAGGCAUUGUUGUCAAAUGGUCAAGUUAUUUCUGUGAAAAAUUUCCAUGAGAAUGGUCAAGCAGCCAGUGAACAAGCUUUCAAAAGUGAGACAAGUUUGUUGACUGGAUUACGCCAUCGAAACAUCAUCAAGCUUUAUGGAUUUUGUUCGCAUCGAAAACAUUCAUUUUUGGUGUAUGAAUUCAUGGAAAAUGGAAGCUUGGUACAGAUAUUGAAUGACUAUGGUAAGGCCAUAGAGUUGGAGUGGACUAAGAGAGUUAAUGUGAUCAAAGGUUUAGCCAAUGCCAUGUACUAUUUGCAUCACGAGUGUUUUCCUGCUAUAAUCCACCGAGACAUAUCAAGCAAGAAUGUUUUGUUGGAUUCAGAAUAUGAAGCUCAUAUUUCUGACUUUGGUUCUGCUAGAAUUUGUGAUCCUGAGUCAUCAAAUUGGACUUCAUUUGCAGGAACAUUUGGAUAUGUAGCCCCAGAGCUUGCUUUCACAAUGGAAACAAACGAGAAAACCGACGUGUAUAGCUUCGGAGUUGUAACAUUGGAAGUGAUAUUGGGAAAGCAUCCGGGAGAUCUCAUCUCAGAUUUGUCAUCAUCACCAUCAUCAUUUGCAGCUGCAUCUGAUGAAAUUCUACUCAUGGAUGUACUGGAUCCACGUCUCUCAGCUCCAAGAAGGCAAGUAGAAGCUCAAGUGGCUUCGAUUGUAGAGAUAGCAUUUGCUUGCCUGCAUCCAGUUCCACAGUCUCGACCAACCAUGAAGCAAGUCUCUGAGAAGUUAUCAACUACUCGAUUACCACCAUUAUCACAGCCUAUUCAUACCAUUACAUUGAAGCAGCUGAUUGAUCCUCCAACCACGAAAACAUCCUAAAUGGCUUCAAUUUCCUCCAUGUUUCAAGUUUUGUUGUGUGCCUCUGCAUUUUCUUUAACUAUACUAUCCGAUUUUGUAGUUUUUGUUUUUGUUUUUGUUUUUCUGUUUUCCCUUAUACCGGUUUUUACAUAUCCACAGGAUUUAGUUGUAUGGAAUUUAUUGUAAUAGUUUCAGUGGAAGCAAAGUUUGCAGCCAAUGAUCA